CUUGCCAAACCGCAGACACGAGGCAAUCAUGAUGCCACUAUAGUGUCAGGGUGGGUCUUGUGAGUGAACGGAUAGACGUUUGAGAUACAACCCCCUCCUCAAAGUAUCCGGGAUGCACUCACUUCUCUGCAUUCUCUACCUCGUUCGAGUGAUCCGAGCCGCACCUACCACUAAUUCAAUUACUAUCAAUGAUAGUUUCGAAGCGGGAUCAUCCUUGGAGCAGAGAACUCUGUGGAGCAUUGUCUCUACCUGUACUCUGACUAUUCUUGCAUGCACAUAUGGUGCUAUCCAUCCCAAUAUUCCGAGUCCUAAUGAUAGCUCCUUUCAUAUUCUAUGGCGACGGUUUGUCAUCAUGCUGGUCGCACUGGCCGCUCCCGAUGUGAUCAUUGCAUGGGCUCUGCGCCAGAGGCUCUGGACUCAGCAUAUCACAACACAGUUUCAGGAUCAUUUCAGUAUUCAUAAUCCCAAAGAUUGGUCCGAAAUCAAUAUUGAUGAGCGUGUAGAAGCACCUGCAGAGCAACACGAAGAUCACGCUGGCACCCAUACUCUCGUAAAGUACGCUGAAGGAUAUGAAGGAACUCAUACUCGUGCGAAGCCAUUGAAGGAGAACUUUGGGGUUGAUGUUUCAGAACAAUCUCAAGAUUACAGAUGGACUCAGACUCACAGCUUCUUUGUGCUGAUGGGCGGUUUCAUGCUUUAUGUGGACGGGGAACCCUUCCAAACACUAUCGCCCGACCACCUGCUCAACCUGAUACGUACUAGAUCCAUCUGUGGCCCAACCCUCACAGCAAAGCAGAUCCGCGACCGGAGCAAAGGGAAUGUGGUAUCAAAGGGGUUGAUCCUCAUUCAGGUGUCUUGGUUUGUUUUGCAGCUCCUCUCCCGCGCCAUCUAUCACCUCGAGACCACACAGUUUGAGGUGGGGACCCUUGCUUUUGCGGUUCUCAACUUCGUCACCUAUGCUCUGUGGUGGAAUAAACCUCUGGAUGUAAAAUGUCCUCAUCCAGUCUACUGGAAGUCGACCGAAUCCAAGCCAGAGGUCUAUGUUGUCCCUAAAAACAAUGAUUCGAUGCCUUUGCAUACCACGAUUAUUUCAGCCAUGGACACAUUUGUAAAAUUCUUUGGCAUUGAUGCCACGUCUUCUUCAAAGCUACGAGUUGCAACGUUUGAUGGCGUCUGCCCCGUUGAACUAAACUCCCGGGAAAGCAAGGCUCUGACUCUCGCUGGGUACGCGACGGGAAUCAUUUUUAGCGCAAUCCACUGUGCCGCUUGGUUUUAUGUCUUCCCCACAUAUGAAGAGCAGCUCUUAUGGCAGACGAGUCAUCAGGAAAACCCUCUCAUACAAACCUAGACUAAAUAUGUCAAGUUUAAGAAAGAUUUCUCUAAUUCAUUAUAAUUUCACAAAAAUAGACAACUUAGCGGAUUAGAGAACCUUUUUUAC